AUGCAUGAACUUCAGUGUGUGACGAAAACUUAUGCAUGGGGAAAAUAUGGACUCGAGAGCUCCGUUGCUCAAUUAAAAGAAGCUGCAGAUGAUUCAUUUCAGGCUGACCCGUCUACUCCAUAUGCGGAGCUCUGGAUGGGAACACAUUCCAAUGGUCCAUCACGUGUGUUGCGUGAAGAUGGUGGCGAGUCACUACUUUUGAGUGAUUAUAUUCAGACGCUUCCUCACCACGAGACAGGAAAUUUGCCUUAUUUGUUCAAGGUACUGUCUGUGCGCAAAGCACUGUCCAUUCAGGCCCACCCGGAUACCAAGCUAGCUAACGAGCUGCAUGAAAAGUUUCCAAAGAUCUAUAAGGACUCAAAUCACAAGCCGGAAAUGGCUAUUGCUCUGACUCGUUUUGAAGCUCUUUGUCAGUUUCGUAAAGAAGGCGAGAUUGCAAGUCAUCUCAAGACAGUUCCUGAGCUCUGUGGGCUUGUUGAUGUCGAGGUCGCUCAGCGGUUGGUAGCACAGCAGAGCGAAGCAUCACUGCGUGACUUUUUCCGCUGUUUCAUGUACGCCGCAUCGGACAAGAUUGUAGCCCAAUUGCAUGCACUACGUGCACGACUUCAAAAAGCAUCGCGUUUGACGGCACUAGAAAAGCUGGUACUGCGUCUGGGUAAUGAUUACCCCGGUGAUAUUGGCUGCUUCUGUCCGUUUCUGCUUAAUUAUGUGACGCUGGAUCCUGGUGAGGCCGUGUUCCUGGACGCCAAUGAGCCCCAUGCUUACCUGUCUGGUGACUGUAUCGAAUGCAUGGCAUGUUCGGACAACGUUGUUCGUGCCGGACUAACUCCAAAAUUUAUCGACAAGGAAACGUUGCAUUUGAUGCUGACCUACCGCACGGGCAAACCUCUACCGGAAUUCGAGGUUGAAGCCGUUGAACUGAAACCUCAUCAGCGAUAUACGUUGCCAGCACGAAAAGGUGACUCGAUCAUUCUUGUUACAUCUGGUAGCGGUUCGACCGUCGAGCCUUCUGGUACUGGUGACGGUCGAGUAAUGUUUAAGGGCCAGGUAUACUUCUUAUCAAAGGGGGAGAUCCUAGAAAUUCAGGGCGGUGAGGAAGGUAUUUCAACAUUCCGCGCAUCUCCAAACGAAAGCUUGUGUCAUCGCGCAAUGCUUCAUUAG